ACUCGCGACCGCCUUCAAAUCCUGGCAGUAAGAGAAUGGACCCACCGAAUGCGAGAGACCGCCAUUGAAAACUAUGGAAAGGUAUUGCCAUAUGCAUCUCAGUGGAGUUUGGGCAUGACCACAGCGUCGUACACGUGUCAAGUCAAGUGAAAACGAAGAAAGGGCGACCUUCUUGCUCCAACCUCUUGCUUCUCCCUCUUUUUGCUCUAUGUUUCUGUCUCGCAAGAGAUGGGGAACCGUGAAACCUCGAAUUUGGCGACGAAGAGUGACUCGGGGUAUGGUGACGAUGCGGCGUCGGAAAUCUCACACGAUGUAAAAACAGAACCGAUGCAUCCACUGGCGCGUAAAGGCUACGAUAUAGGCCCGGCGUCGACGUUGCAAAUUGGCGAUGUUUUUGAAUUUCUGUGGGCCGAUUCUCAUGAGUUCGAGUGGGAAUGGAAAUGUCUGGGCUAUACUCGAUUCAUCGUGCUCCGCCACAGCGACACAUUUCCCCACCACUGCGCUUGCAUACCCAUAUCGACUGGUGGCAAGCGCGAUUUCGCCAAGCCUGGCAUCGACGCCUCUCAGCAGGGCUACAUCUUCGAUGACAACCGGGGCUACGAGCAGACCGAAGGUCGCCUGUCUUUCUCUCCCGUAGGCCUCGAGCUGCGGCCAGGCAAGCUGCGCGUCAAGGAGGACUCGCGGGCCAACUAUGCUGACAUCAUCGAGAUCGACCAUGACGCCCAGGUCAUGAUCGUCGGUACUGUUGCCCGUUACUUCGACCGCGUGCGCCGCAAUGUCAAUAAGGCCUUCAUGCGCAACAUCGUGAGGAAAGCACUCAGCGAGUAUAAGGCUGGCAUGCUACCCGGCGGCGGCCCAACGGGGGCACCAAGUAUACGGGCAUGUGACGACAGCGAUGAGGGAGGCGGCCGGGAGAACUUGGGAAAUGUUGAUGAGUCGGACCAGGAGGAGAUCAAAGUCGAGGGUCAGAGGACCAUUCAGCAGGAGCAGCAGAUGGGCAGAUCAGGCGCAAGACAGGUCCCGUCGGCAGCCCCGAGCGAGGCUGGCACCAUGCGUCGUAAGCACAGUGAUUCUGACUCCAUACGCUCGUUACGCCGUGGGGUGAGCGAUUCGAGCUCAAUAUACCGCGGUAGUGGCGGUGGUAGAGUGAGAGGCGACGAUAUCGACACGAGGUCGAUGCAGAAUGUUGCCAUGGCCAAGUUCAAGUAG